UGAGGAGAAGCAGCUCAGAAAAUGGAUGGAUGGAUAUGUACUUGCAUUCGUGUCAGAUUAGCCUCAUCCAAUAUGGAAGACACGCUGACGUGUCGUGAAACGGGCCAACUGCGUUGAUCGAGGCAUCUAGGUCAUCAUAUCUAUGCAGGGCAUCGCCAAUCCUUCCGUGGUGGAAUACAAAGCUAACCGCUAGCAUCCCGGUGCUACAGGCUUAGUUUGUGACUGAAGCUGUCAACAUGGUGCAACUUGUGGGUUCCCUUCGAAAGGAGUUGGUCGACUCCCUCUCUAAGGCCAAGGUUUUGGUGGUGGGAGCGGGAGGUAUCGGCUGUGAGCUGCUCAAGAACCUCGUCCUCACUGGCUUCCAAAACAUCGAAGUGAUUGACUUGGACACAAUUGAUGUCAGCAAUUUGAAUCGCCAGUUCCUCUUUCAAAAAAAGCAUGUUGGCAAGUCUAAAGCACAGGUCGCCAAAGAGAGUGCCUUGCAGUUUUGUCCCUCUGCAAAUAUCACUUCCUACCAUGACAGCAUCAUGAAUCCUGACUACAACGUUGAGUUCUUUAACAAUUUCAUCCUGGUGAUGAACGCUCUGGAUAACCGAGCUGCCCGCAACCAUGUGAACAGGAUGUGUUUGGCAGCCGACAUCCCUCUCAUUGAGAGUGGCACAGCAGGAUACCUUGGACAGGUCACAGUAAUCAAGAAGGGAAUGACAGAGUGCUAUGAGUGCCAACCGAAACCUGCUCAGAAGACCUUCCCAGGAUGCACUAUAAGAAACACACCGUCUGAGCCCAUUCACUGCAUUGUCUGGGCAAAAUAUCUCUUCAACCAGCUAUUUGGAGAGGAGGAUGCUGAUCAAGAUGUGUCACCUGACACAGCGGAUCCAGAGGCUUCAUGGAACCCUGAAGAAACGGCAGCUCGCGCCACAGCCGCAGAAAAGGAUGGAGACGUCAAGCGUGUCUCUACCAAGCAGUGGGCCCGCAGCAACAAAUAUGACUCUGUCAAACUCUUCAAUAAGCUUUUCAAAGAUGAUAUCAUGUACCUAUUAACUAUGGACAAACUGUGGAAGAAGAGGAAAGCUCCUACACCACUGGACUGGCAGAAGCUGGAGAAAACUGGAUGUCCUAAGGAAGAGUCCUCCAGUUCAGGUUUAAAGGACCAGCAGGUUCUUGGUGUUUGGGGCUACUGCAAGCUAUUCCAGGAAAGCGUGGAGACCCUCCACUCGCUGUUAGACGAGAAAGGAGACGGUGCAGAGCUCGUCUGGGAUAAGGAUGAUCCCCCUGCAAUGGACUUUGUCACAGCAGCGGCCAACCUUCGAAUGUACAUCUUUAGCAUGAGCAUGAAAAGUCGCUUUGAUGUCAAGUCCAUGGCAGGUAACAUAAUCCCAGCUAUUGCGACAACCAAUGCUGUCAUCGCUGGACUCAUUGUGUUGGAGGGGCUCAAGAUUCUGGCAGGGGAACUGGAAUCCUGCCGCACGAUCUUCCUGAACAAGUGUCCUAACCUCAGGAAGAAGCUGCUAGUUCCUUGUAUCCUGGACCCACCUGGCCCCAACUGUUACGUGUGCGCCAGCAAGCCUGAAGUCACAGUUAAAAUCAAUGUCCACAAAACAAUGGUCCUCUCUCUGCAGGACAAGAUCUUAAAGGAGCGGUUCGGCAUGGUAGCUCCAGAUGUUCAGAUAGAAGAUGGAAAAGGGACAAUCCUCAUCUCCUCAGAGGAAGGAGAGACAGAAGCCAACAACACCAAGUUUCUUUCUUACUUUGGGAUCCGUAAUGGGAGUCGACUACAAGCUGAUGACUUCCUCCAAGACUACACACUCCUCAUUAACGUCUUGCACACUGAAGAUCUAGAGAGGGAUGUAGAAUUUGAAGUGGUUGGUGAAGCUCCAGACAAACCACCGCCACCCCAAAACAACCAGGAAGAGGUUAACAGUAUCACCAAUGGCAACAAGGAUUCUGCCCAGCCAUCUACCUCUAAAGUCCCGGCAGAUGACGAUGACAUUAUGGUUGUGGACUCUGAUGAUGAAGCUGAGGCCUCGUCCAGCUCUGCAGCAGUCACAAGUACCACUAAGAGGAAGCAUUCAGAUGCAGAAACUGGCGAGACUUCCACCAAGCGCCCGCGGACGCAUCAGUCAAGUGCAGCAGCUGCCACUGAUGAUGACAUCAUCGCUUUGGACUAAACGCCUCUUAAUUUCCUGGAGGAUCACAAACUCUUUGAAAUAUUGCCAUUUUGUUUCAACACAGACGGUAGACUUAAACACACUUUUCUGAAGAACAAUUCACGGCUUGUUUUGUUUUUUUGUCCUUCCCCCAGCCAGUUUUCAUACUGCUCCUGCUCUUGUCAGAUGAUUCUGUUAAUAUAGUCAACAUUUUAAAAUAUUCAGCUUUUUGUUUUUGGUCAUUUCUAGUAACUAUGAAACGGAUCUGUUGAUGGUAUAAAAAAAAGUGCUUUUUGUAUUUUUAAGACAUCUACUCUAAUGUGAUGAUUCAAGUCAGGGGUUUUUGUGCUUUGUCAGUAUAAAAAAUAAAAACUGUUUAAACCAAAACAUUUUCUUGGUAUGUAAUAGUUAAAUGAUUUAAUGGGCAAAAAGACUGUCGACUACCUGCUUCUUGGUGCUGUUAGUUUCUGGAGCUUAAGAACCAACUUCAAAUCUGACCUGUUGGUAUGGCACCAGAGGCGCUUAAGCAGUUGUUGCCAUGAGGCCAUGUGCGCUACCUCUUCUGUCAGUUAAUUUUGUUCGGCUGCAGUGAUACUGAUAUCAUCCACAAGGCCGGCAGGUCUUUAGUAAUUAACAAUCGUGAAGCAUUACCAACAGUGUAUUAAUCAAAGUUAUCACUGGGGUCUUAGUAUGGCCUCUGGUGCUACAUGGGGUCUGGUUGUCCAAAAAAAAUAUCUAAUUUGUUUAAAAAGUUAAAUAUUAAACUCGUUCACAUCAUGAUAUGAAAUUACAUUUACUCUAAAGUAUUGCAGAUGAGUGGUCUGACAUAUAUUAUUGAAAAAUUUCAUACUUCAUUGUGAUCACAUGUUUAAAGGCCUUCAAAGCCUUUUUGGAAGAAUAAACAUGGACAAGACAAACAAGCA